CGCUGCUGCUGGGGCUGCCCCGGACGUGCCGCUGGCUGCGGCAGAUUCGGCACCGUCUGGAUCCCGGGGAAGCAGCAGGAACGGAGUCAGCUGCCGGGCUCCUUCCCCCCGUGCUUCCCUAGGGUGUAUGCGCCGGUCCCCAGCCCUGCAUCGCCGGGCGCUUCCCCCUCCCCGUGCGUGUGCCGCAUCCCGCCGCCGGAGCUGCCUUUGCUGCCAUGAGGCUGCUGGAGACCGAUCUGCAGGUCCUGACCCGGGAGCUGUCCCUGUACCUGGAGAUCCAGGUGCCGGUGGGGCUCUUCGGUUCCAGUGUGGGCUUGUCCCUGGUGCUGGGCUUCAGCGCCGCCUUCGCCUGCUAUUACCUCAGUAGCAUCGCCAAGAAACCUCAGUUGGUGACUGGCAGUGAGAGCUUCAGCCACUUUCUCCAAGAACAUUGUCCUGUAGUGACAGAAACUUACUACCCCACAGUAUGGUGCUGGGAGGGCCGGGUACAGACCCUCUUGCGUCCCUUCAUCACCUCAAGACUCCCAGUGCAGUACAGGAAUGAGCUUAUUAAAACACCAGAUGGAGGACAGAUUUCACUGGAUUGGUUUGAUAAUGAUGACAGCAUAUGUUUUCCGGAUGCCAGCACAAGACCCACUAUCCUAUUACUGCCUGGCCUCACAGGAACAAGCAAGGAAUCCUACAUUCUUCACAUGAUCCAACAGAGUGAAAUGCUGGGAUAUAGAUGUGUGGUUUUCAACAACCGAGGAACUGCUGGUGAGACUCUCUUGACACCAAGGACUUACUGUGCUGCUAACACAGAGGAUUUGGAAGCUGUUAUUCAUCAUAUACACAACAUGCAUGCCUCAGCUCCAUUUAUGGCAGCAGGUGUUUCUAUGGGAGGCAUGCUUCUUUUAAAUUACCUGGGCCAAACUGGCCGAGAAACCCCUUUGAUGGCAGCUGCAAUUUUCUCGGCUGGUUGGAAUGUUUUUGAGUCUGCAGAAUCAUUGGAGAAACCACUAAAUUGGCUUCUCUUUAACUACUACUUGACUACUUGUUUACAGUCCUCUAUUAGUAGACAUCGACAAACGUUAGAGAAAUUAUUUGAUAUGAAUCUUGUCAUGAAGGCUAAAACCAUUAGGGAGUUUGAUAAGCAAUUCACCUCCGUCAUGUUUGGCUACCGUACAAUUGAUGAUUACUAUGUAGAUGCUAGUCCAUGUCGCAAGCUGAAGUCAAUAGGAAUUCCAGUGUUAUGUCUAAACUCUCUGGAUGAUGUUUUUUCACCAGGUCAUGCUAUACCCGUAGAAACUGCCAAACAAAAUCCAAAUGUUGCUUUGGUUCUUACUUCUUGUGGAGGCCACAUUGGUUUUCUAGAAGGAAUGUGGCCAAGGAAGUGUACUUACAUGGACAGAGUCUUCAAGCAGUUUGUGCAGGGUGUGUUUGAGCAUGGAAACAAAAUCUGCAGCAUGUAGCUCUUCUGAGGCAUCUUGUCCAGCCCAUUGUUUCAGCACAGUGGCAUGAUCUGACAAGAGCAGCUCAGCCUAAUGCACAAAUUUUAAUUACUGCGUAUACAGCAAAUAAGCCAGCAGUUGGAUGAAAUCCAUUGCUAUGUGCAAAAAAUAGUUUUUGCCUAAAAUUUUGUAGCAAGAAAUAAAUAUUAUGUUGUCACUUUUGUAGUUUUUUAAUAUGCCUUAUCAAGAAUGACCUUAAAUAAAACAAUACUCUAAAUAUAUGAAAUUGCACUUAACUAAAACCAUUAAGCAAACAGGUUAUAAUUCCUCAGGGGUUUAAUUUAAGACAGUUCAUUUUUAGGAGACUCAAUUUAGAUGACUUGUAAUAUAACAGUUUUAGUAACUAACUCUCAAAAUUACAUGUAUUAUAUUUUAAAGCAUGUUACAAGUUGAUCCAUUUCUAAGGGCAUUGAUGAGAAAAAUAUUGAAAUAUGAAAAUAGAAGGAACAUAAAACAGGACUGAUUCAUCAAAGUAAUCUUUAGGUUUAAGCAUGGACUGCAGCAGUAUUAGACUGAUCAUUUCAUUUACAGUUUUACCUUGUGAAGAAAAUAUUCAGAUUUAGGGCUGUUUUUUUAUUAUCAAUUAAUUAUUAUUUAUUUAUAAU